AUGUCGAUCGCUAACUCCCUUAUCAAGCCCCCCACCAUCAAUGGGUCCGGCGCUGUCGUUUCGCGGGUCUCUGCCUUUGAGGAUUUCCUGCCUAAUGAUUUCAUUCAGAUGUACAUAGGCUCAUCUUCAAGUCAGGUUCCUCGCCGACUUUUGGCUGCCGAUGGCAUUUCAUCCGUCAAUCUUAAGCUGAAGGGUCUUAACCGCGGCUUUUAUGCCAAGCAUCAGCGCAUAGUGGCAGGACCUUGUGCCUCGGAAGAGUCUGUGCACGAUGGUCUGGCCUCCUCGCAACCCCAGACGAUGCAAUUUGUGCUCGGAAUGUCAGAUCUUCUCUUCGUCUCGGUCGCAACGUUCUCUGGAAAGGAGUACCUGUUCUCUGUGGAGCGGGCUGCUAACCAUCGGGUUCGUGACAUCAAGAAGCGGAUAUGCGAGCGUGAGCUUCCUUCGAGUUCUGACGACGUAGAGCUUGUCCUUGCCGGCACGCCUCUGGAAGACCACUGUCUCAUCAACGACUUGGACAAACACCGGGAUUUCGGAGCCGUGGGGUCCUGCCAUUUGCAUCUUCUCGUGCGGAAGAAUGCUCGUGUGCAUGCGAAGUCCGGUCCGGGCCGGACAAUGGAGCUUUCUGUUAACGCUACGGAGAUUGCCUCGUUGCCGUCGAUACAGGAGGUUGGCGACGAAGAAUGCCCUGCAGCUGUUCCUCUGGCCCUUCCUUGCUCAAGAACCACAUCGAGUGAAACAAUCCAGCCGACAAUGCUUGGAAAUCAUCCUUCUCUGAAAGGGGAAGGCUUCCGGGCGAUGAUGAGGGAUGUGGGUACCGGCCUUCUUGAAGGCCACGUUCCGCACCUGACUUCUGACGGCUCGGGUGGUACUUACCUCAUGUCUGACGCGUCGGGGGCGUCGACAGUAGCUGUAUUUAAACCCAUGGAUGAGGAGCCUCUCGCUGUAAAUUGCCCCCGCGGGAUGGCUCCGAGUCUUGAUGGGGAAGGGUUGAAGCGUGGCACACGAGUGGGAGAAGGUGCUUUCCGCGAAGUCGCAGCUUACCUACUGGAUCAUCCACUGAACGAAGGAGACAGUGAGGGCUACGCAAGCGUUCCUCCGACCACGCUUGUCGGCUGCUCCGCCAGCUUUUUCCCUCGCUCUGGCUCUCCCAAGACUCCGCUGGAUGACCUGGAAGGGAAGAAGGUCGGUUCGCUUCAGAAGUUCGUCCAAUCGUUCAGCAACUGCGAGGACAUGGGACCCUCGCGCUUCCCUGCAUCGGAGGUUCACAAGAUCGCGGUUUUGGACAUGAGGCUUGCCAACACGGACCGGAAUGGUGCCAACAUUCUUGUACAGAGGGUCGACGGUCCGAAUGGGGUCAAGCUUAUUCCGAUUGAUCAUGGUUACUGCAUUCCUGAUAAGUUUGAGGAUUGCACGUUUGAGUGGCUGUAUUGGCCCCAAUCCAGGGUUCCCUUUGCUGAGGAGUCCCUGGAGUACAUAGCUAAGCUCGAUGCCAACAAGGAUAUUCAGAUUCUGAAGGAGAGCGGCUGGUCACUCAACCCAGCAUGCGUCAAGGUUCUUCAAGCUGCUACCAUGCUUCUCAAGAAGGGUGCAUUUGCAGGCAAGACUCCUUUUGAGAUUGGGUCCAUGAUGGUUAGGGAUGACCUGGAUGUCCCUUCUCUGAUUGAAUCUCUGGUGGAGGAAGCUGAGUUACAGGCUCAGAGGGUUGGAAACCAGUCCUUUGAGGUGUGCUUUGAGGCAGCACUAGAUCAGCUCCUGCUUUAA